GUACCAGGAACGUAUUCUUUUCAAGGUGCUAAAUUCUUUGAAGUACAUUAAGAACAUGUAUUACGUUCCUUAUAAGAAAAUAAGCAAAUUCGACUAAUUUAGAAGAAAAAGUAAUAUAAACACGUGAAAUUAAUAAAGAAGAAUAAUAGAAUAAAUAAUUUUAUUAAGACCCAUGAAAAUUAGAGAGCCCUGGUUUUGAUGGGAGUAUGGGGCUGCACCGCUUUCGUUAUUCGUUAUUGCAAUGAGUCGAAGCUGAUGUGUAAGACUGAUAAAAGUACAACAAGAAUUGAAUACAAAAAAAUAAGCUUAUUUUGUACUGAUCAGUUUUCAUGCAUAUACAUAGAAUAUUGUAAAUUGCAACAGGUGUGACGCAACUAUACUCUACUGCACAAUGGCGUUAUUAAAGAACAUAAGGAGUGUUCGCCUGAUAUGUUUGCGAUCAUAUUCAUCCAAGACAAAAUUAAAUGAUGUAGUUAUAGUCAGUGCAGCUAGAACACCUAUGGGAUCAUUCCUUGGAGGAUUAUCAAGCAUGUCUGCACCAAAACUUGGUGCUGUUGCUAUACAAGCAGCGGUCGAACGUGCUGGAUUACCCAAGGAAGAAAUUAAAGAAGUAUAUAUGGGAAAUGUUUGUCAAGCCUUUUUAGGUCAAGCACCAGCAAGACAAGCUACACUGUUUGCAGGUUUCAGUUUCAAAGUAAUAUUUCAUUCAUUUUUUGUUGAUAUGAUUAUUAACAAUAAUAAUGUACAUAUUGUUAAAAUAGGCCUUCCUAAAUCCACAGUAUGCACAACGAUUAAUAAAGUUUGCGCAAGUGGUAUGAAAAGCAUUAUGCUUGCUUCUCAGUCUUUACAAUGUGGACAUCAAGAGAUUGUUCUUGCUGGUGGUAUGGAGUCAAUGUCGAAUGUACCAUUUUAUCUUGCGCGAGGAGAAACUAGAUAUGGUGGGAUGCAACUCAUGGAUGGCAUUGUAUUUGACGGCCUAACCGAUGUUUACAAUAAAUUUCAUAUGGGCAAUUGUGCAGAAAAUACUGCUAAAAAAUUCAACAUUACUCGUGCAGAACAAGAUGAAUAUGCUAUCAACAGUUACAAACGCAGCGCAGCAGCUUAUGCGAACAAUAUAUUCCAGGAUGAACUCGUUCCAGUGAAUGUACCACAAAGAAAAGGCAAACCUGAUACAAUAUUUACAGAAGACGAAGAAUACAAAAGAGUCGAUUUUGCUAAGUUUUCCAAAUUGAAUACCGUUUUUCAGAAAGAUAAUGGCACUGUUACUGCAGGAAAUGCAUCGACCCUAAAUGAUGGUGCAGCUGCAUUAAUAUUAACUACCACAGACAUUGCUGAGAAAAUGAAUUUGAAACCUUUAGCACGAAUUGUCGCAUUUCAAGAUGCAGCGACUGACCCCAUUGAUUUUCCUAUUGCCCCGGCGUUUGCAAUCCCUAAGUUGUUAGCAAAUGCAGGAGUCGAUAAAAAUGACAUAGCCCUUUGGGAAAUUAACGAGGCAUUUAGUACAGUAGUGAUCGCAAAUCAAAAAAUGCUUGAUCUUGACCCUAGCAAGGUGAACGUUCACGGUGGUGCCGUAUCUCUCGGUCACCCUAUAGGUAUGUCUGGAGCUCGGAUCGUGGUGCACUUAGUACAUGCUUUGAAAGCCGGACAGAAGGGUGUUGCGUCAAUUUGUAAUGGAGGCGGCGGUGCCUCUUCGAUUUUAAUUGAAAAGUUGCGUUACCCGAUAUCUGCUUCGCCCACUAUAACAUUGUACACGAAACAUCCGUGUCCGCUUUGCGACGUUUUGAAACACGAAUUGCGAACCAAAUUUUCUGGUCGUUAUCAACUACGAGAAGUUGACAUUACAGCACCAGGAAACGAACGAUUUCUUGAGCUCUACAAAUACGAAAUUCCAGUUCUGUUUUUCGAAGGUCAGUUUCUUUGCAAGCAUCGGUUGAAUUCCGAAUUGUUAGAAAAGAAACUGACAGAUUUAAUAUCGUGAAUUAACGACACCGAAUUAUGCAACAAUCGAUAAACAUAAAUUCUCAUUUUUAUAUAUUUUAUUAUCGUUAUUUCUAUGAGUAAAUAAAGUAUUACAAUUGUUUGUAUAUUAU